CUAGAACUAACUCAGCCAUCAACACUUCCGUUCCCCUAAUGUUGAGAAUAGGCUGUACCUGAGUCCUAAUUGCAAGAUCAGGCGAAGCGGGGCACUCGAGCGACUGCCAAUCGCUACCCUACAUUCCUGAUUGCAGGAGGCGACAGGACGGUCAUCGAGCAGAUAUUGCUAAUGGCAUAAAAGCAAACCCAAUUCCAUGUGCGACCUGACGACUGAUCAUGACUCUUCCGACAAUACCCUCAGCCGCCGGAGUUGCGCUCCUUGCGCUUGCCAUUUACAAGUACAUCAUCUAUCCGGCCUUCCUAUCACCUCUAGCCAAGAUCCCCAAUGCACACUGGAGCGCAUCAAUUUCACCUCUCUGGAUCUUAUAUCAUCGGCAUCAGCAGCAAGACACAUUUGUUGUCCAUGCUUGUCACAGCCGUCUGGGACCAAUUAUGCGACUUGCUCCCAAUGAACUUUCAGUCAACUGCGUCGAUGGCGGAAUCAGGACAAUCUAUGCUGGUGGCUUCGAAAAGGGCGAUUGGUACAGCAAUGUUUUCUCCAACUACGGUGUUGAGCCAAUGUUCGCGAUGGAAGCGCACGGUCCGCACAGCAAGCGCAAACGCAUGCUGAGCAAUGUCUAUGCGAAGAGCUCGCUGCAGAAUUCUGCCGCAUUGACGAAGAUUACCGAUGUUGUGAUCAAGGAAAGACUGAUACCGAGACUUCAGAAAGCGGCCAAGUCUGGUGAGGCAGUGGAGCUGUACGAUGUCUUCUCGGCCGUGACGAUGGAUUUUGUUACAGGCUACAUUUUUGGCCUUCGAAACGGCAGCAACUUCGUACAAGACUAUGCCGCUGGCGUCCGGCUCUUCCGCGAAUUCAGUGCCAGGCAAAAGUACACGUUCUGGCCACAAGAGCUGCCAAUCUGGGUCAUGAGCAUGUGCGAGCAAGCCGAGAAGACAUGCAAACGAAUCGAACAAGGCGAAGACGUGGCCCCAGAAGACACACCUACCGUCUACACUCAACUCCGAAACACCCUCCUCAAAGACGACCACAACCCACCCGCAUCCGAUCACCGCCUCACCCUCGCCUCCGAACUCCUCGACCACACCCUCGCCGGCUUCGACACAAGCGGCAUAACCCUAACCUGGCUCGCCUGGCAACUCUCCAAACCCGUCCACAAAACCUGGCAACACCGUAUCCGCCACGAAAUCUCCACCACACCCCUCUCCUCGCCCUCCCACCACCCCCUCGACGCAAAAACCAUCGACAACCUCCCCACCCUCCACGCAAUCCUCAUGGAAUCCCUCCGUCUCCACCCCGCAAUCCCCGGCAACCAACCCCGUCUCACACCCCCCAACACCACCCUCGCACACAUCCGAAACCUCCCCGCCAACAUCCGCGUCCAAGCACAAGCCUACACCCUCCACCGCGAACCUUCCAUUUUCCCUUCCCCGGAAAUCUGGGAUCCCAAUCGCUGGCUUCUUCUCCUUUCUCCCACCACAGAAAAAAAUUUGCACCGCUGGUUCUGGGCCUUCGGAUCCGGAGGCAGAAUGUGUGUGGGGAAGAAUCUGGCCAUUCUGGAUCUGAAAGCCGCGAUGGUGGGGGUUUGGGGGAAAUUUGAGACGGAGAUUGUGGAGGAUCGAGGCAUGGUGGCGAAUGGGGGGUAUAUGGGUGAGCCGUUGGGGGUGGGGGUUGAUGGGGAUGGAGAGAGGAGGAGGAGAAAGUUUUUGGUGGUGAGGGUUAGGGAGGUGGAUGUGUGAAGAGGGGGGGGGAUUAUUAGUUGAGUUGGGGUGGGGUGGUUUUGGGGAGAGGAAGCGUUGUGAGGUGGACACAUAGAUAGAGCGGGACAUGGAUAUGUGAGAAGCAUAGGUAGUGUUCUAUGUCUAAUUCAUUCAUUUGCCUUUG